GGAAUUAAAAGGCACUAUGACAAAAAAGAAAAAAAAACAAAGUCGACUAGCAUGCACAUGAUCAAGCUUAAAAUUUUAGCGAUAUAACAAACAUAAAAAAAAAAAUUGAUUUAAAAUUAGCUAUAUAAAUUUAUUUAAGUGCUGGUUCUGAUGAGUACUUCGUGAUAAUUAUAGUUAGCAUAUUUUCUAAAUUAAAAUCGAUCUCCAUCGCUCUCGGAUAGAUUUGUGAUUAGGGGGGCAAAGACGAAGAGUAUUUUAGCCUUUCUUGUGAUACUUUUAGAUUUUGAGCGGUCUUAUCUUGUUCUACACCUUACCUUUUACCAUGUCUACCGUUCCGGUAAGGCCACCACCUCCUCCGGCUGGUUUACAUCUUCGUCGGAACGCCUCUUCAACGACGGCUUCGAGAUCUGCGGCAAUGGUUGCUGCGGUUUCGAGCAGGCAUUUUCUUGGGUUCUUUACUUAUAAUAGAUGCUUUGAGUUUAAAUCCUUGAGCCAAAUGAGGUAUCCGGCUUUUUUGAGCCGUCGGCAGCGAGUAACCACGGUGGUGGCUUCAGCGGGAAACUUGACGGCUCCGUCGUCGUGGGAGUCUUGGAAGCCAGAUAAGACGGCGGUGGCGACGCCUCUAUUGCUGAGUGAUGUCAUCUGGCCGGCAGCUGGAGCGUUUGCGGCAAUGGCAAUAUUGGGAAGAAUUGAUCACAUUUUAUCUCCAAAAGGAAUUUCAAUGUCAGUGGCACCACUUGGCGCCGUCUCCGCCAUUCUUUUCAUCACUCCAUCUGCUCCUGCUGCUCGGAAAUACAACAUGUUUUUGGCUCAAAUAGGUUGUGCUGCCAUUGGAGUGGUAGCGUUCUCCGUCUUUGGACCAGGCUGGCUUGCCAGGAGCGUCGCACUCGCCGCUUCCAUAGCUUUUAUGGUCAUUGCUCGAGCCAACCAUCCUCCUGCGGCGAGCUUACCAUUAAUGUUCAUAGAUGGAGCGAAGUUCCAUCACUUGAAUUUUUGGUACGCAUUGGUCCCAGGUGCGGCUGCUUGUGUCAUUCUCUGCCUUCUCCAAUCGAUCGUAUGUUACAUGAAGGAUAAUCUAAAAUUUUGAUUAAUUGUCAAGCAACAUAUACGAUCAAAUGAUAUAUAUAUAUAUAUAUAUAUAUAUAUAUAAUAGUAGUAAUAAUGUACAAAUAUACACACAUUGAUGGGAAUCUUGUGAAGAUAUUUGAUUCGUGUGUACACUUGAUUUGAAUGUAUGUAAAUGACUAUAUAUAUAUAGUACGUUCGUUCAGCAUAUGUAAUUCUCUGUUUUUCUCUCCCUUUUGCAUGUUAUCAGUUUUCU